AUGACCACCCUUGAAUGGAAGCAACCAAAAGCACGCGAGCUCCUCGGCGGUGAUCUCGCUGCACAGUCUCUCGCACAGCUCGUCGGCUGCGAUCUCGCCGGCAUCAAGCUCAUCGAUACACGGCACGAGACUGUCGCGGUGCAAGCCGCCGAAGGGUACGCCAAACUCAGCGGCAAAGUUGGUCUUGCAUUCGUCACAGCAAACUCCGGAUUCUGCAAUGCCCUCCCCGGCAUCGCAACAGCAUACGCUGACCGCAGUCCCGUCUUCGUGCUCACAUCCUCACCACCAUUACGAGAUGCCGAGACCAAUGCUUUGCAAGGCUUUCACGAUCAAGUCGUGCUUUCGAAGCCCAUGACAAAGUUCACCCACCGUGUCACCAACGUCGAGGAGAUUCCCCGGAUCGUCAGCUUUGCCUUCCGCACUGCACAGUCAGGCACGCCUGGUCCUGUGGUGGUGGAUUUUCCGAUCGAUGUCCUGUUCUCUCCACCAAGGAUGUCCGCUAUCAGCUAUGGUGCUAUCAUGAUGGGGCCCGCCUCGCCUCCAGCGCCAGAUCAGGCAGCUGUAGCAAAACUCGCCGAGCUGUGGUCGCGGGCCAAGCGGCCAGUGCUCAUUACAGGAACGGGUGCAGGCAGGACGACUAGCCCAGGCACAUCGACAUCCGCGCUGCUUUCUUUGGCCGAAGCUACGAACACCCCAGUCUUCUAUUCUUCCAAAUUCGCGCCCGCACUUCCCUCAGAUUCGCCCUUCCGCGGCGGUCCAGCUAGUCGUCUGGCUGUACUGCCAUACAUCCAAGCCGAAAGACCCGACCUCGUCAUGCUUGUAGGUGCGAGGACGGGCUUUCUCUUAGGUGGUCGAAAUCACGCAAUCAUUCCUCCCGACGCGACAAUCGUUCAGGUAGACAUUGACGGUGGGGAGAUCGGCCGCUCGCUGCCUGUCUCUCUCGGCAUCGUCUCGGGCGCAAGCCUAUUCGUCAAUGCAUGCUUGUCACAUUUCCAAAAGUCCUCCACAGCAUCACAACCUGACAGGAGAUCCUGGCUCGAUACUAUUGCAAAAGUCAAGUCCUUACCCUCACCGCACGAAUCAGAGCCAAAGACCAUCGAGAAGGACAAUAACCUCCUGCAUCCCUACCACGCCCUGAAGUCAGUAUUCACGUCACUACCGCCCGACUCGAUUAUGCUGUUCGAUGGCGGUGAAUGCGGCGUGUGGGCUUUAGAUCUGGUUGAGCAUGCUAAGCCAGCGCAUGCGUUGGCGUCGACGGGUUAUCUAGGCUUCCUUGGGAAUGGCUGGGGUUAUUCCCUCGGUGCUGCCCUGGCGUUCCCGGAUAAGCUGAUCGUGAACUUGCAAGGAGACGGCAGUGCGGGCUUUCAUAUUGCGGAACUGGAUACCUACGCAAGGCAUGGGCUGAGAAUAUUGACUGUUGUGGUCAAUAACUACUACUGGGGCAUGUCCAUAGCCGGUCAAGACCUCCUCUACCAGGACUCCGAGCCCACUCUCCGGCCCGUCUCAACCUUAUCCCCCAACUGCCGCUUCGACAUCGUCGCACAGGGGUUCGGCUGCAACGGGACCAUUGUGACGAAACCCGAAGAAGUCGAGCUGGAAGCGAAGACGAUGAUCGAGGGAGCCACACAGAAGCAGAAGCCUGGGCUCGUGAAUCUGAUCGUGAGCAGGCAGCCGGUGACGGCGACGACCAAGGCGAUGGUGGGUAAGACGGACGAGGAGGGCAUGAUUGUGGUGCCGUAUUAUGAUAACGUGCCGAGGGCUUACUAUAAGGAGGAUAAGGGGAGUGCAGUGGGUAAUGGUGUGAAUGGUCAUUGA